AUGUCCCAAGAUUUCCCAGACUUCCCCAAGUAUCGGUCAGCCCACAUGACGAACCACAUGAUGAACGGUGUGGACACUGGCAAUGGCACGAACGGCACUUCCAAUGGUGUCAACGGUGUCAACGGUCAUGGACAUGAUUCUGCAGAACUCUGGCGACAUCCUCGACCCGAAUCCACUGAAUUCUAUGCCUUCCAACAACAUCUCAUGAAGAAGUACCCUAUCCGUUCAGAAAGCUAUACAGACCUGUGGAAGUGGAGUGUCGACAAUCCCGCUGCAUUCUGGGAGAACGUCUGGCAUUAUACAGGCAUCACGGCUCACAAGCAAUAUGACUCGGUCCUUGAUCUUUCAGCACCCAUGUUCCCAAAGCCAGCCUUCUUUCCAGGCUGCGAGCUCAACUUUGCUGAGAACCUUCUCUUUCCAUCAUCCAACCCUUCGGCCGGUUCCCUCGCCAUUAUCGCAGCGACUGAGACCACUAGAGAACAGGUGACGUGGGCAGGUCUAAGAGAAAGAGUGCGAAUGUGCGCCGCUGCCAUGACAGCCCAUGGCCUCAAGAAAGGCGACAGAGUCGCGGGAUAUCUCUCAAAUCACGCCAAUGCCGUAAUAGCCAUGUUGGCAGCAACUUCACUGGGCGCCUUGUGGUCGGGAGUCAGUCCAGAUACUGGGGUCCACGCAGUCCUUGACCGUCUGAAGCAGAUCGAGCCUGUGCUCCUUUUUGCAGACAACGCCGUCACAUACAAUGGCAAGACUCAUGAGACCCACGCUAAGAUCUCCCAGGUAAUUGCGGAGCUAUCGUGUGUCAAGAAUCUUAUUAUCUUUGAGACCAUUCAAGCUCAUAAAUUUGACCUCUCAACCCUUGAAGCACGCAAAGAAACUACGGUGGAGACAUAUGACUCGUUUGCCUCCAAAGGCGAUUCUUUGCGGCCACUUCGAUUCACAUAUCUACCCCCUGACCACCCUGUAUAUAUCCUCUAUUCCUCGGGCACAACAGGUGUGCCCAAGCCAAUCGUUCAUGACGCCUUAGGGACACUUCUCCAGCACAAGAAGGAGCACCUCAUACAAUCAGACAUCAAGCCGGGCGAGAAACUCUUCUAUUUCACAACAACCACGUGGAUGAUGUGGCACUGGCUUGUCUCCGGUCUUGCCAACGGGGCUACAAUUGUUGUUUAUGAUGGUUCUCCGUUCCAACCUCAUAAGGAAAUGAGCAUGCCCUUGCUCGUCGAUGAACUCGGUAUCAACCACUUUGGGACUUCUGCAAAAUACCUUUCAGUACUAGAACAAGCCAAGAUUUUCCCUCGGGGUGCAUCACCACGAUCCGCAACACUACAAUCUCUCAAGUCAAUAUUCUCCACCGGCUCUCCCCUCGCUCCAAGCACCUUCCACUAUGUAUACAAGGCUCUUUCGCCCCCUCCGCCUCACCAGGGAAUACUUCUAGCAUCCAUAACAGGUGGUACAGACAUCAUCUCUCUCUUUGGCUGUGGAAGUCCUAUCCUUCCAGUCCACGCCGGCGAAAUCCAGUGUCCUGGUCUAGGUAUGGCUAUAAGGAGCUUCUCUACAGAUGGUACAGACAUCUCGCAGACCGGGGAGGCUGGCGAACUAGUCUGCAACGUCCCCUUCCCCUGCCAGCCAUGCAUGUUUUGGCCUCCCGGCUCAAGCGGGGAGAAACGAUACAAAUCCUCAUACUUCGAAGUCUUCAAAGAUCAGGGAAGUGGCAAGCCCAUUUGGCACCAUGGUGAUUUCGUGCGUUUUAACCCGGCGACAGGCGGGCUUUGGAUGCUCGGCCGCUCAGAUGGCGUACUAAACCCCAUGGGCGUGCGCUUCGGCUCGAGUGAAAUAUAUAACAUUCUCCUAAAACACUUCAGCUCCGAGGUAGAAGACGCUUUGUGUAUUGGCCGCAAGCGUGCACAGGAUCCCGAUGAGGUUGUCGUUCUUUUCUUGAAAAUGGCUCCGGGCCAAUCUUUUGGAGAAGACCUGAUUACACGCAUUCAGAACAUGGUACGUAAGGAGCUAAGCGCCAGACACGUCCCGAAAAUCAUCGAUGAGUGCCCAGUAAUCCCAGUGACUACGAACGGGAAGAAAGUCGAGGGCGCUGUCAAGCAGAUCCUCAGUGGACUGAACAUCAAAAUCAGUGCCAGCGUUGCGAACAGUGAUUGUUUAGAGUGGUACAGAGAAUGGGCCGCGACACAUUGA